AUGAGCUCGCACAACUCGGUGUCAUGGGGCUUUUGCAUAACGGCCCGAAAAGAAGCUUUGCUGAAGGAAGUUCAGAAUAAGUGUGUUGAACAAUCGGGCGGAAGACUCAAUGAAAACAACGUCAUCAUAGUCACAGGGGACAUUGAUGAAGAAGGAACUUGUGCAGCUAUUGCUCAGCAAACAAUCAAACAUUUGGGUCGAAUUGACAUUUUAGUCAACAAUGCGGGCACCAUUGGUGGAGGUCUCCAACAGAACACUCCAAUCUCUCAGUUUGACUUUUUGAUGAAAACCAACCUGCGUUCUCCUGUAGUUUUGACACAGUUAUGCAUUCCCCAUCUCCGCAAAACGAAAGGAACAGUUGUGAAUGUGUCAUCAAUCGCAGGAGUUAGAUCUUUUUCUUAUGCAAGUAAUUAUUGCAUUUUAAAAGCUGCUCUAGAUAUGUUCACAAAAUGUCUGGCUCUGGAAAUGGCGCCAGAUGGUGUUAGAGUGAACUCAGUCAAUCCUGGAGUUAUAGAUACACCGAUAUUUGAUAAACUCGGAAUAUUCGGCAAACGACGUGAGAAGUACAUGGAGGAACGAAGAAAAUCUCAUCCAUUGGGAAGAAACGGAACUGUAGAUGAUGUUUCAGAAUCAAUUUGCUUCUUAGCCAGUUCGAGGGCUAGCUUUAUGACUGGCAACACGACCAUGGUAGAUGGUGGUCGAACUUGCGUUUGCCCCCGCUGAGUUAUUUGAUCUAACGCAACAAUGCGCGCUGAUGUUAUUCUUUAAAUUUUUAAUCACAAUUUUAUCAGAGAUGCUUCAAUCUCAUUUCAUAAAUAAUUGCUUUUCACAGAGAGUAAUUUUUCCAAAAUCAUAACUUUUUAUA